UACUUGUGCUACGGCAGUUGAGGAAGAAUUUUUGGCCCAAUCUUUAGUCUGAUGCGGCUUCCCCAACUGAAAAGACAUUGGUCAAUCCCGUGAUAUUCAGCAAGCUGCUACUGACGGGAACCUUGACCCUGUCAUAUUACGCCGCCCAAAGAAUGCCAAAUAACCCUGUCAGUGUCACUCAAGGCGCCGUAAUAAGAGGCGAAAGCCAGGCUGCAUCACACAAACACAUGCAGACGAAACCUUCAGCCUUCCGCACCGCCAGAUUCGACCCGUACCUGCUUCUAUGAAGUAUUUCUUAUGAUAGGCAAUCUGAGGUACUUUGCAUUGUAUCUUUUGCGCCUGCAGCACCUAGACCGAUCUAGAAUUGACCGCUUGACGCCAUUGGUAAAUCAUGACUGGACGUGAGUUUCCUGAGUCUGCACCAGAUUUCCAUCUUCGCCACGCAGGAAGUUCAAAGGUCACAGCCGACGGGCAAUUUAUGCCGUCUCUGAUUACUUAUGAGGCGUUCUCCAGUGACGAUAGCAUGAUGGGAAGCGAAAAAGUGAAUACAGAAUUUGGCUCUCCCCUGUUGCUAGAUGCCUGUUGUUUCAUAGGGACUGGAACUGUAUACGUUCGAAUGUCAGCCAUGAACCCUUGUUGAAAGCAAAACAAGAUCCCAACCUCCUCACGCAUUGAGUACAAGGAUGACAUCCGCGGGAAGGCCAGGUAUGGGUGGAGAGCACUCCUCCGAUUUAUCCAUCGCUACGUUUUCCUAUUCCCUCCCGGUUGCUGGCAGCUUCCGCGCAGUCAAUAAUCCGGGAAGCGAAUCGGCAGGCAGAGGAAUAUGCUGAUGCGACGAUAUCCCCCCCUAUGGCAAGGAACAGGCAUUUUCAACCCUCAAACACUAUAGAAACUUAAAACAGGCCUCCCAAUGCUCGUUGUGCAACCUUCAUAUAGAAUGCGAGGUGCGUAACUAUGGAACUGUCCACGUGUUCGUGUUGCUUGCAUUGGACACCGACUUUAACUUUGAAGCUGCACUUUCUGGUUUCAUUUACCUAAGGUGAGUGGUGUAUCGUAUCUGUUUCUUCAUUUUUGCCAGACCGCUCCAAACCUCAAACGGGGUGAUUAGGGGGUGAGAAUGCGAUUGGGUGAUGGAGGCGUGUCUCCUUGAGAAGUCAGUCGAAAGCAUGAGACGGUAUGGGUCUUUGAGGUGUUUCUGAACGACACCCGAUAUGUCUAACUCGCGAUCAUGAUUCAAGGCCCGUGCACAUAGCUCGGACGUAAGCAUAUCGAUGAGGCCCAGCAACAUAAACAGCUGCGGAAAUAAUGCCAGCCUGCGAAUCUAAAGAAGGCGCCAGUUUUUGGGGCCCUUAAGCUGUAGUGUGCCCUAACAGAGAGUGGGAUAUCCUGUAUACAACUUGAACGCCGAGCUCGACACUAGGAGUCUUUCUCGAAAGGUCCACACGCUACUUUUACCUCAGUCGGUUGCCUGAUUGGAAGCUGCAAAUGCUCUGUGUUGACCAACCAUACACCCCGGUUCAAAGUUUAUUCCUGCAAUAAAGCUCUCCAGCGCCUGGUAGCACAGGGUGGAAUCCGCAAGCUUGUGUGACCACGGUGCCGCGAGAAAAACCGUCCGAUAGUGCAUGAUGCAGAGGCGUUGGUCCUUCAUAGGCAGAAGAUUUGUAGCCCUGCUGCGCCUCAGGAAUGGUCUUGUUGUAUGUGGCCGGAGCCUGCCGGCAACAAGCGCUCUGUCUGAC